CCCUGCCAGGCAAGGAGGUUAAAGGCUGGGACUCAGCCUCCUUGCACAACCAGCUAGUCGAUACUCAGUUCUCAGCUCCGCCAACUCCAGCAACCCAGGCAUAAUGGAUUGGGUUCCUUUGGCAUCUCUGCUGCUCCUCCUGCUCCUGGUGCCCGGAGUACCCAGCGUGCCCAGCCAGGCCGGGAGUCGCGGUUACCCUCAACUCCACCGAAAAUCCCAAUUUACGAAGCCUGUCUGUACUCAGCCAGUCUACAAUUGGUGCUCCUCCUGGGAAAAUUCCCGAAUCUGCGAGACAGACAAGGAGUGUUCUGCCCUAUGGAGAACUUUGGAUGUCCCUCCUGUCUCUGUGAAACUCUUCUACGAGGCACUAUGUCCUGGCUGCCGGUCCUUCCUGUCAAUGAUGCUUUUCCCUACCUGGGUGUUGCUGGGUGAUAACGUCAUGAACGUCACUCUUGUGCCUUUUGGCAAUGCUAAGGAGACAGAAGUGAAUGGGACCUGGGAGUUUACCUGUCAGCAUGGGGAGCUGGAGUGUGAACUCAACAUGGUUCAGACCUGUGUGUUGUACCUCCUUGGGAGAGAGUUUCCUAAUGCCUUUGCUGUAGUCAACUGUAUGAUGUCAGCUGCUGAUCAAGAGAACUCACUGGAGCCUUGUCUAAAGAUCUAUGUUCCUGAUAUUUCUGUGGAUGACAUCAUGAAAUGUGUGACAGGACCUCAAGGCAAAAAGCUGAUGCAUGAAAACGCCAUGAUGACAAAUCAUCUUUCCCCUCCACAUACCUACACACCUUGGAUUCUGGUUGAAGAAAGCCACUUAGAGAAUCCAGUUGAACUCUUAGACACUGUGUGUCAUCUAUACCAGGGGGAGGUGCCUGAUAUCUGCAAAAGGAAUACCUUUCCCAUCAUAAGAUGAAUCUUCUUGCAGUGAACCUGCAGUGAUCUUAGGUGCAUUAAUGCAGGCCUGGUACACUACCAGUCAUAUCUAUCGGGAGGCACCUGGUUGGGCUGAGAGGGACCAAGUCCCCAAGAGCAGCCCAGAGUUUGAUGUAUCUGAGUACCUGGAUCUUUUUAUAUUUUCCUGACAGGCUCAGGAAAUCUUAUCCUCUCCUGAGUUUUCUUUAAAUAAAAACCUAUUUUGAGAAACAUGAA